AAAAAAACAAAUCUGAAAAAAAAAAACACGAUGCAUUCUUGUAGUGAGAGGAAGAUGAUGAUAUCAUGGAGCUUGUGUUUAAUUUUUUCUCUUUUUAACUCACUACUUACUUUUGCUUCUCCUGCUAACCAAUUGUGUCGUUCAGACCAAAAGAAUGCUCUUUUGGAGUUCAAGAGCGAGUUCCAUUUCAAUGGGAUGGCGGCUAAUGAGAAGACACAGAGGUGGACAAAUACCACUGAUUGCUGUUCUUGGGAUGGUAUCUCUUGUGAUAUUAAAACGGGCAAUGUCGUUGAGUUAAAUCUCUGGGGAAGUUCUCUCAAUGGCUCGCUGCGAUCUAACAGCAGUCUGUUUCGUCUACAACAUCUUCAGAGCCUUAAUCUUAGCCCCAAUAAUCUUGCCGGUAUUCUACCAGAUUCCAUCGGAAACUUCAAAUAUUUGAAGGUUUUGAAACUUUAUGGAUGCAGUUUCUUUGGAAAUAUUCCUUCUUCGCUCGGGAAUCUUUCUUAUCUCACUCAUCUUGAUCUUGAUGGUAACGAUUUCACUGGUGAACUACCAGAAUCAUUGAGCAACCUACACCAACUAACAAACUUGCUACUUGCAUCGAGCAAGCUCACCGGGAACUUUCAUCAUGCACUACUGAAUUUGAGUGAGCUCACGGCGAUUGACUUUAGCUCUAACCAGUUCGAAGGUAUGCUCCCAUCUAACAUGAGUAGCUUCUCCAAGUUGGAAUACUUUGAUAUGAGCGUAAAUUCAUUUUCGGGACCUAUUCCUUCGUCACUUUUCAUGAUCCCUUCGUUGACCCGUCUUAACCUGGAGAAAAACAUCUUCAGUGGCCCUGUUGAGAUUGGGAAUAUCUCUUCACCAUCUAAACUUCAGGAACUAUCCCUUGGAGGAAACAAUCUCAGUGGGCCAAUCCCGGGAUCUAUAUCCAAACUAGUUGGGCUCUCAUAUCUCGACCUCUCUUUUUGGGACACUGAGAGGGGCUUGGUGGAUUUCAGCAUCUUCUUGCACCUCAAGUCACUUACGUUACUUGACAUCUCCCAUCUGAAUACAAGAAGUAUGCUUGACUUGAGUCUUUUCUCAAAUUUCACGUCACUUACCUUACUUCACCUCUCAGGGAAUAAUCUACAUAUCAGUUCAACUCUCCAUCUUCCCUCACCUAUAGGAUCAUUGGGUUUAUCAUCGUGCAAUAUUUCUGAGUUUCCAAUGUUUCUACGAACACAAACCGGUUUGUUCUUCUUAAACAUUUCUGCCAAUCAAUUCCAAGGGCACGUACCAGAGUGGUUAUGGACACUUCCAGGACCGGGGUAUCUAGAUAUAUCUCAGAAUUCCUUCAGUGGUUUUGAAGGAACAUCGGAUGUUAUUCAAAGAAGUCCCAUAGAAAUGCUUGAUAUAAGUUCAAACAGUUUCCAAGAUCCAUUUCCUUUGUUACCAAACUCUACAAGGAUCGUUGUAGCCUCCGAUAAUCAGUUUUCAGGAAACAUUCCUACGAAAAUAUGUGAACUGGUGGCGCUUGAGACACUUGUUUUAACCCACAACAAUUUCAGCGGUUCUAUUCCCCGGUGUUUUGAGAACUUCAAUACUACUCUUUCGGUCUUGCAUCUUCGGAACAACAGCCUCUCCCGUAAUAUCCCGGAGGAAGUUUUCAGUGCCAGCUUGAUAUCUCUUGAUGUUGGUCGCAACAAGUUAUCAGGAGAACUUCCCAAGUCUCUGAUAAACUGCACUAAACUAGAGUUUCUGAACGUGGAAGACAAUGAAGUCAGUGACACGUUUCCUUUUUGGUUGCGGAUGUUACCCAAUUUACAGAUUAUUGUUCUUCGUUCUAACAGGUUCCACGGACCAAUAUUUUCUCCAGGAGAUUCUUUGAGUUUCCCUAAGCUGCGAAUUUUCGACAUUUCGGAAAAUCUCUUCACUGGAGUCUUGCCAUUGGAUUACUUUGCUGGUUGGAGUACAAUGUCAUCUGUUGUGUACAUUGCAUAUGAUAAGCUGCAUAGGUUUAUUGGUUUUACAUUUUCAAACUACCAUAAGUCAGUGGUUCUGGCGAACAAAGGUUCGAAAAUGGAGCUUCUUGGGAGUAGUUUUAGAAUCUACAAAACCAUUCAUGUCUCUGGAAAUAGACUCGAAGGAGACAUUCCUCAAUCCAUCGGCCUACUUAAGGAACUGAUUGUGCUCAACAUGACCAACAAUGCUUUCACGGGGCAUAUUCCACCAUCUCUAUCGAACUUGACCAAUCUCCAGUCCCUAGAUCUAUCCUAAAACAGAUUAUCUGGCACAAUCCCACCAGAGCUCGAGAAACUCACGUUUCUGGCGUGGAUGAACUUCUCCAACAACAUGCUCGAAGGCCCAAUACCACAAGGCACUCAGAUUCAAAGCCAAAAUAGUUCUUCAUUCGUACAUAAUCCUGGGCUGUGCGGUGCUCCUCUCAAAAGGUCAUGCGGUGAAGGAAAAGAAGAAGAGAGAAAACAAGAUGAAGAAAAGGAAGAAAAAGAUCAAGUCUCGAGCUGGAUUGCAGCUGCAAUAGCUUAUGCACCUGGUGUAUUCUGUGGAUUCGUCAUCGGCCAUAUUCUGUCUUCAUAUAGACAUGACUGGUUCUUGAGAAUCUUUCGCUCUUUUGCAUAA